GUAGAAAUUAUUUUACUCUUUAUUGGACAGUGUUUCAAUGAAAGUUUACAUUUUCUAGACGGUGGUUGGGAGCCGAUGGUGGAACGAUGUGUUUUGGUUCCUGUUCGUGCCUUUCACAAUUUUGCGCAUUAAGUGGCUGGAUGCCGUUGUAAAGCAUGAUGACGAGACGAGCGACAGCUUCUCUCAUCGUGUCAGGCAGACAAUGGCCAAAGCGGGAGACCUUUGUCCAACCGAUUUCAACGCCUACGACGCUGCCGAAUUUACUAAGCGCUAUUUAUUUAACCAGAGGGAACAGAUAAGGAUAAAAAAUUCUCAAUUGCAACAAGAAAACGCGAAACCUUUCAGUAAAAAACCAUCGUCAUUGGCUGGAAAAACUGACAUACAGACGCUAUUCACAGAUCCUUCGGCGUGGCGAACCGCUUUCGAACAGAGGCGUCAGGAGCUGAUCGAUGCCAACCGCUUAAAGUACUUGCAGCGGCAGUCGAAGUCAGAUCCGUCAGAGGACGACGUUGUGAAAGAACGACUCUUGUUUUGA